UCCGCGCUGGAAUCCCCUUUUUUUUUAUGAGGAGUUGCACACUUGCGCUAUCAGUGAGUGCUAUGACUGUGCGAAAAGGGAAACGUUUAGGCAUCUCCAUUCAGGAGCACAUGGCCAUCGACGUAUGCCCGGGCCCAAUCCGCCCCAUCCGCCAAAUCUCUGCCUACUUCCCUCGCCUGUCGCCCACUUCCUCCUUCUCCGAUCCACUUUCGCCCAAUCACGUGGCAGCUCCCACCGCACUGAGCCCUGGCGCCGCCGUAGGAGGAGGGAGCAACAGCCUAUUGCCACCGCUGUUACCAGGGGCGGCGGGCGGAGGGGGCUCACUGUCAGCCAUGAGCAGUAUGGACACCUCCAUCGAGAUCGACAGCUGUGACAGCGAUGAUAACACCGCCUUGGGGACGUUAGAGUUUGACCUACUGUAUGAGAGAGCAUCCAGCUCCUUACACUGCACCGUCCUGAAAGCAAAGGGUCUGAAACCGAUGGAUUUCAACGGUUUGGCUGAUCCUUAUGUCAAGCUGCACCUGCUGCCGGGAGCAUGCAAGGCCAAUAAACUGAAAACCAAGACGGUUCGCAACACGCUGCACCCUGUGUGGAACGAGACGCUCACCUACUGUGGAAUUACAGAGGAAGACAUGUACCGCAAAACACUCCGGGUGUCCGUGUGCGACGAAGACAAGCUGACACAUAAUGAGUUCAUCGGGGAGUCGCGGGUGGCCCUGCGUCGCGUGAAGCUUGACCAGACUAAACACUUUAACAUCUGUCUGGAGCACCCACCCCCUCUGCCUUCACCGACUGCGAUGAGCACUGCUUUGAGAGGAAUCUCCUGCUACCUGAGAGAGUGGGAGACUGAGCAGCAGAGAAGUCUUGAGGAGAGAGGCCGUUUGCUGCUCUGCCUGCAGUACUUCCCCCCGGCCAGUGAUGGCGAUGUGAAGGGCGAGGCCAAAGAGAGGGCUCUAGGCGGGCUGUGUGUGGGUGUCAAACGCUGCGCCCACCUGGCAGCCAUGGACGACGGCUACUCAGACCCCUAUGUUAAAACGUACCUCAAGCCAGAUGUCCAGAAGAAAUCCAAGCACAAAACAGCGGUGAUAAAAAAGACUCUCAACCCGGAGUUCAAUGAGGAGUUCUUUUAUGAAAUCACGUUCUCAGAGUUAGCCACCAAGACGCUGGAGGUCACAGUGUGGGACUACGACCUGGGAAAGUCCAAUGACUUCAUAGGCGGUGUGUCCUUAGGGUGUCACUCGCAAGGAGACACUCUGCAGCACUGGAUAGACUGUCUGAAGAACAAGGGCAAGAAGGUGGAGCGCUGGCACACACUGACUAACGAGCUGCCUGGAUCCACACUGCAGGAAUGAACUGAUCCACUUCCACUGCACUGACACUGGAGAGACUGCCUGGCGAGAGACGUUUCAUCGCAUGCUCUGAGGAUUUUCUGCAUGACUAUGAAGGAUUCAUAUCCUACUUACCUUGUCAUACAUUAGAUCAUUAUUCAUAACAACAUACCCAAAGGGAGUCACACUCAGAGAUUAAUGCUAUAAUCUCGGAUCUAAAUAGACCUGAUGCAAAUCUAAAGAAACAGUUGUCACCGCAAAGCAUGAUCAUUCUCAUAAUCACAUUCAUCGGGGUUCAUGUCGCUUUUGUGGAUUCAAUAUCAAUCUAAAUGGUCCUCUGCACUGCUUCCAACUGUUCAGAUCUACAAAAAAAAUUAGAAAUCGCGCAAGAAAAAUUGAAUGAGGGAGAAAUCUGAAUUCUGCAGUUCAACUCUCAUGUGAAGUGUACUUCCUGUAUAUGCGGGCCUGUUAUUUAUUGUUAUUAACUGCUGACAUUAGAACUCCACCAUUAUGACCAUCCAUCUCACGGCACACAUACCUCUCCCUUGCAAUAAUGUUUUGCCUAAUGCUUCCGAAGACCUCCAAGUGGUCUUACUACUGUCGGGCAUUUUGUAUCUAUUGAUCUGAUUGUCAUGGGGCUGCCUGCAGAAAACAAGAGAAACAAUUGGUUCUUCUAUGUUGAUGGCUUGUGUCAGUUAUUUGCAUGUUUGGUGUUGAUGGAGCAAAUAUGUGCCAGGCUCUGCUGCAGGAUGUUCAUCAUUGUGUUGUUCCCAAUCCUCCUGCGGUGUAUUGCUCUGAUUAACUGAAGACGAUUUUUUAUUUAAUUCAAGGGUAACAGCUUUUUUUUUUAAUGUUGUUCCGUUGUUUAAUGUGUCAGCUCUUAUAUCACAGUGUCAGUUUCUUGUUGGUGACACGCUGAUGUUGACCUAAUUUUGCUUCACAAUCUCUGUUUGGAUGUAGGAGAAGAGUGAUGUAAUUAACAGAAAAGUUUCAGAGCAGAUUGGUUUGUGGAGAGCUGUGCAUGGCCAUACUCUGACACGCCGUGAAUAAAAUCAUCAGCAUGUGUUUGAUAUCUAAAUUACAAAUAUGAAUGGUGUAUAGAGCACAGUGUUGUCUGAUAGCUCUCCAUGCUGCUGCUUACUGUGGACCGCAUUGACUAAGCUGCAGGUUUAUCUCGGUCUUAUGUGGUUAAAGAGGCAUGCUGUAA